AUGACUACAUUCACACGAAAAAACUUAGCAGACCAAAUUCGAACUGGAUUCACCUUUUUAGACAUUCGCUUGCAAACAGUAAGUUACGACGAUGAAGAAAAUCGUAUGAUCGAUUUAUUCGGUAGCCAUAACAAACGAUUAUUACUAGUUCACUGUGACGACGACCCCCACGUAUCUGAAAAAAUAACAAUUGCACAAAAUAAUUAUUCAAGAAAUUCUUUAAAAACCAAUGUUUUGGUUACAAAUAUAAGCAAAAUGGCUCGCGAUGUUCCGGUUUAUCUUUUGAUUUCAAACAAUGAUGUUUAUAACCUAAUAGAAAAA